UAAAAAUUUAAGUCCAUGGGAGCUAAUGAUAUCAUCAAUAUAGGAGGAGAAAAGUAUCCAGGACAGAGCCCUGAAGUUCUACAGGUUAGAGUAUGUGAUCUGGAGAAGAAUUCGGAGAAGGAGCAAUCAGAAAGGCAAGGUUUUCAUUCCAUCAUGAAUUAUGGAAAUCCUCCACCGUACUCGGACCCAGGCCCAACUGCCCCAUAUCCACCAUAUAUGCAGCAACCAGGUAGUUCUCAAGCAUAUCCUCCUGCUGGGCCUUACCCUGCUGGGCCUCCAGGGCCUUAUCCACCCCCUAAUACAGGGUAUCCAUAUCAAGGCUAUCCACAGUAUGGCUGGCAGGGUGGACCACCUCCAGAAGCUCCCAAAACCACAGUGUUCAUUGAACAGCGCAAUGAGAAGAAAGGUUGCUGGGAAGCACUUGCAGCUUGCUGGACUGUUUUAUGUUGCUGCCACCUUAUGGACAUGCUUGAUUAACCAGCCAAGAUCUCCUUGUGCCAACCAGGGGUUCUACAAUUUUCCCUAACAGCAUGCCCAUUAGUCCUUACCAUUUGGUUGCUGUACUAAAUCACGAACACAGCACAGUCACCUUACUGCAUCACAAUGGGACCAGAAGUGUAACUUUUUUUUUCAUUUUAUAAUAAGAUCUUUCUGGUGUGUUUCACAUUAUAGGCCCACUAUUGCUAAGAGUUUUUAUGUUCAGGUGAGUCUCACAUGUGACAAGUAUUAAGGGCUAACACCAGUGUUAACCAGUCUGCUGAAAGGCAGUGAUUAUCACUGCUUGCUCCAACUGUCAAGGGCACCUGGAUCCCAGCAUAAAAGCACUGUGGCAUCUACUUGUAUUCCAGAAAAGAGUCCAAUGAAGAUCGUACCUCAGAAUUAAAAAGUGAUUUGCUAAAUAUCACUAUCAGAACUCUCCUUGCAGAAGCACACCAUCUACAUAUUAUAAUGUGAAAAUAGUAUAUACUCAUUAAAAUAAUAUACAUAUUAAGCCUGUCAUGAACAAAACAUGCUAAGUACCUCUAAGGUUCUAUAUGUCUUAAUUUUUAACAUCCAAUUGCAUAUUGGCACUGUUUUGUCAGUUCUGUCCAGAAAAUUCCAUAAGCUAAUUUGAGACAAGGUAUUUUAAUAGGGAGUGAUAAAUUUGGUGUGCAUCUAAGUCAUUGAUCAUGCUCUUUAACGGAACCCCUCACUGGCUCAUCUAUCAAGUACUCAUGCACUGCAUCUUUAGUCAGAACAUAAUAUGCAGCGCCAAGUCAGGUAUUAUGAUUUAGUCUACUCUGGAACAAGGACACCGAUGAAGUGGGAGAGUGAGGUGUUAAUUUCAUUCCAUCAUUUUAAUUUUUUUUAAAAUUUUUUGGCAUGUCUAUCUGUAUAUAAAGUUGAGUACUUAAUAAAUUCUUGACAUGUUUUCAGCUU